ACCCCUGUAUUUAUUUGAUUUAUGCAAUAACCGACACCGGUUUUAGUAUGAAAUGUUCCGGUUUAAGUGAACCGGUUUUCAGCUUAUUUAAUCGUUUUGUGAGAGUAAUAGGGUUCUUCUUCCUUUUCUUACGCUUCGCUUCAUUGAGCUCUCUCUCUCUCUUUCUCUCACUCGCUCGCUCUCUCUCUCUCUUUCUCUUUUUAUCUCUCUAUCCGGCCCUCCGUGAUGACGACGAAAUUUGAUUCCGGUGAAUGUAUUGCGUCGGAGAAAAGUUCGAUUUCUCGGGAUGGAAUUGCAGAAGACUCGCUAAAGAUCGAUUCUUUGCCGCCAGUUGAGAACGACGACUCUGUUAAAGAGAUGAUAAGCGCAAAGAAGCAAGUAAAGGUUUCGCCUUUUACUUCCGCUUCUGAGAAAGAUGGAGAAAUCGUCCAUUCGGAUCCUGUUGAAGUUUCUUCCUCCGAAACAAGUCUUGAAGAAACUGAGGCGAUGGAUGUGGAGUGUCCUGGAGUAGUCUCUGUGCCUGAAACUGGUUCCACGUUUCUUGAAGAGAAUAAGGUUGGUGAGGAACUGCAACAUAUUAAGGAAGUCUCUGAGAUUUCUACAGUAGGCGAUCAAUUUGGAAAUGAUGUGCCCAAGAUAGGCGAUGUUGUUGAGACUAAUGGGUGCGUCGUUUCUAUCUCUGAUAUGAAAGAAAGUUUGAACUCUGACAAGAAGGGACAAGAUUCUGAUGUUCACAUUAAGGAAGUCUCUGAGAUUUCUACAGUAGGCGAUCAAUUUGGAGAUGAUUUGCUAAAUAUAGGCGAUGUUGUUGGGACUGAUGGGUGCGUCGUUUCUACCUCUGAUAAGAAAGAAAGUUUGAACUCUGACAAGAACGGACAAGAUUCUGAUGCUCAGAUGCUUUUGGAGGCGGAGAAGAGAAGAUUGUUGGCUGAAAUCGAAGGUGGGACAAUUUUCAAGAAGAAGGACGAUUUGGACACGCUCGCUAGGGCUUCUGAUGUCCAUAAGAUCGAGAAGAAUGGAAAGGGCUCUAAAGAUCAGCAUGAGAAGGUGGAAAGAGUGAGAGUAAAGGAUAAUGCUUUUGUUGGGAGAUCUGUGAACAUCGAUUUAGUUGAUGAUACUGCGUUGUUUGAUGUUGUUCCUUUCUACAAGAAAGGUAAAGAUCAUCCUAAAAGACCAGGAACAGAUAAGGAUGCACCAAGAAAGUAUAAGAAAGUUGCAGGCGAGAAACCAAUUGAAAAGGGGAAUGCUUCUAGUAAUGUUGAGAGGAAUGCAUCAACCAAAGUUUCAGACUUUCGUAACCGUGGAGGAAUGAAUGGGGAGAAGUUGCGCAUAAUGUACUCUAGGAACCAAAUGGAGUCGAUGAGGUAUGCCCACAUUGCGAAUCAGAAGAAACUGUGGAGUGACAUGUAUGCUAGGCUCCUACCUGAGCUGGUGGCUGAGUACGAAGGUUUAGUUUGUUUGAAGAAUCACAAGAAUUCAAAGUCUAAUCCGAGGGAGAGUGGCAUCAGUAUCCUCGGCAGCAAAGAAGGAAUGGAAGAAGAUUCUGUUGUGAAAGAGGAGGACACUGAAGAUAAUGAAGAUUACAAUAGCAUUUUGAGGCCUGCGUUUGCGGUCGAUGGAGAACCUGAUUUUGAUUCUGGACCACCAGAAGAUGGGCUUGAAUAUUUAAGACGAGUCAGGUGGGAGGCUAAGCAAAUUCCAAACGUAAAAGUAGCCAAGAUAAAUGGAAGCAAGUACAUAAAGAAAGAGCAGAGUGCUUACAUGCCACAAAUCCCUGAAAUCCUCAAAUGCCCAGAGCACCUGGUGCCGCUGAAGGAAUGGGAGGACUCAUUGCUUUCCGACUUCUCACACCUUCGCCUGGCUUUAUUGGAAAGUGACAACAUGUGCGGGAAUGAGGUAAUGGCGAGUCAGGCUGUAGAUGAGGUGCUCAUGGAGAUAUUCAAUAAGCGUCUCCACAGAGACAGUGAUGAGUCAGUUGGUGGGGUGGUUACAGAGAUAGAGGGAAUGGACUCAGUGACACGGGUAUCAAAGCUGAGAAAGCAGAUAUGCUUGGUUGAGAAAGAGAGCGGAUUGAAGAGUAGUGACUGUAAAUGGGUAGUAGCAUUAUGUGCAUCAGUGGACACUCCUUUGGAUGCUGAUACGUGUGCUUGUCUCAGAGCUCUUCUGAGGAAGUGUGCGAGUCUUCGUGCGUUAGAGGUUGAAAACGAACAAGUUGUCACCAUGGCUAAUAUGCUCAUCACCAUAGCAGGCAGAUACUUUGGGCAAAUGGAAUGAGAGAAGAAGUGAGUUGACACGUAAAUGCUCUUUGCUUUGAAAUAUGUCACUGUUGAAGAAAAUUAGAAACAUAUUACUUUGGUGUCAGUAAUCGAGAGCAAAGCUUCUUCACACGCUUUUUAAUAUUCCAAAAUAUUUUCAUCGUAUAAGAUUUGCAUUAAA